GUUUGAAAAUUGUUGUUGAAAGGAUGUAUUAUCAAUUGUUUUGUGAAUAGGAAAAUGUCUCCCGCCGUUACUCCAGUGGUUGUGCACACACCGCUUCAGAAGAGCGGCCGAACUUUACGUCUGAUUGGUACUCCGCAAACGCCGAAGACUCUGUUCGAGCGAUGUCAAGUGCUCAACACAGACGUUCGAAUCCGCGCCCGGCUUUUCUCGGACGAUGAACAGUGCCGAUCGCCGGUGAGUCGGCUCUCAGCCGAAGUUUCCAGCGACGAAUUCGUGCCCGUGGUCCAGCAGAAACGGCUUUUCGACACCGACACCACCCCUCCGGAGUAUAGCAGUAAGAGAUUGUCCGGCGAGUGUUCGGCCAGGAAGAGUCUGAGGACCCCGUUAAUCGAGAGGAAACAAGUUAAUGUGAAUCCUUUCACGCCGGUGGGACUCUUGGAGUGUCAGCGGAAAAGACCGCGCAACGGCUCACCAAGUGAGUACCCCAAGGCCCCCAACGACAACAACAAUAACGAUAACGACGCUGUAUCUGAUGUUUCGACGACUUCAGUGUACGGAAUUGAAGAAUUAGAUCGACACGCAAAGAUCCAACGCAUGUACCUCUCUCCGAACGACAGCACCUAUUCAAGAUACGAACAAGAAUUCGUCGAGCUCGAUCAGAUCGGCAGCGGUGAAUUCGGCGCCGUAUUCAAAUGUAUCCACAGGCUAGACGGCUGCAUCUACGCAAUCAAAAAACUCAAGAAACCGAUGCAAGGCAGUGCAGCGGAAAAGGCUUCUCUCACAGAAGUUUGGGCUCACGCGGUUCUUGGUGCUAACACUCAUGUCGUCAGAUAUUAUUCUGCUUGGGCAGAACUCAACCACAUGAUCAUCCAGAACGAAUUCUGUAACGGUGGUAGUCUACAGGAUCUGAUACAGGAGCAACAGGAGAGCGGAAUUCCUAUGAGUGAACACCAGUUGCGACAGCUUGGGCUCCACGUUGCGAACGGGCUCAAGUUCAUCCAUAGUCAGAAUCUUGUCCACAUGGAUAUCAAGCCCGGCAAUAUAUUCAUAUCAAAGAAGGGAACGAUACCCGAUGACGACGAAAACAUUCCCCACGAUUUCUCGGACGAGGUCAACGAUUUCAUCACCUAUAAGAUAGGCGACCUGGGACUCGUGACGUCGUCGCUCCAUCCUGAAGUCGAAGAGGGAGACUGCCGAUACAUGGCUCCAGAGCUCUUGAAGGACGAUUACUCCAAUCUCCACAAGGCCGAUAUCUUCAGCCUAGGUCUCAUACUUUAUGAACUCGGACAUGGCAUUACGCUGCCAAAGAACGGCGAGGAGUGGCAAAUGCUCCGGAAAGGCCACAUCAAGUCCAUCCCUAGAUUCAGCGAAGACUUCAACAACCUCGUGAAGUCAAUGUGUGAUCCUGACCCUCGAACGAGGCCUUCGGCACAAGAACUUGUUCGGGAUUCUCGACUCGUUCCUUACACCGAAAAAUCAAAAGCACAACUCCGUAUGGAACUCAACGCGGAACGUUUCAAAUGUCACGUUCUAGAGGAACAGCUCCGGCAACUUCGUCAGGAAUACUUCGGCAAUCGAUUGAACGUCAAUUUUCUCCGAAACCCGCCCGACUUCCUUGCCAACCGCAGGAGCUAUAAAGAGAGUAAAGAGUACCCUCCCGUUAGGCGAAGCCUUUUCGUGGGACGAGGCUGUCCCAGGUCGAAUAGCGCGCAGUGAUCUUCUUGCAUCGCUUCGGAAGUGGUCCAAGAGUUGGUGAAACGUCUUUCAGAGAAUGCUCGCUCUGGGCGGAAGUAAGAGAUGGCACUUUAAUA